AUGAGGACCCUCGCCCUCCUCGCUGCCCUUCUUCUCUUGGCCCUCCAUGCCCAGGCUCAGCCCCUGGGAGAGAAAGAUGACCAGGUUCCUGCUCAGGACCAGCCUGGGGAUGACAUCCAGGGGAUGACCAUCUCCUUUGAGGGGGAUAAGCGUUCCAUUCAAGCUGCUUCAGUCUCUAGGUCGACUCUUAUCUGCCACUGCAGCUCCUCCUGCAGAAGUCCUUAUAAGAUAACUGGGCUCUGUUACCAUGGCGGCUUGCAUUUUUGCUGUCAUCGUGGCUGA